AUGCGUGGAUGGGGUAUUGCACGCACAGAUGGCUGUGUUUCUGUCUUCCAGGAGAAGACCGACGUGGAAGGAACGCUGUUUGUGUACACAAGGUCGGCGUCUCCCAAGUAUGGGUUUACCAUCAUGAACAGGCUGAGCAUGGAGAACAGGACGGAGCCCAUCACUAAAGACUUGGACCUCCAGCUCCAGGACCCCUUCCUCCUCUACAGAAAUGCCAGAUUGUCCAUCUAUGGAAUCUGGUUCUAUGAUAAGGAAGAGUGCCAGAGGAUUGCGGAGCUCAUGAAAAACCUGACUCAGUCGGAGCAGUUGCGUGCUGGCGCCGGCAUCCCCCCCAUCAUGCUCAGCGCAGGUGAGGGCCAAGAGGCGGACAUCCUCCGCAUGCUCACCAAGGCCAGGGACGAGUACACCAAGGGGGGUCCACGCGGGGCACUACCCAGGGAGGAGCACGCGAAGUGUCAGACCUGUUCUGAGCCCAAACAGAUAGCCAGCUCCUCUGCCAUCCAUGACAACCCCAACCUGAUCAAGCCCAUCCCCGUGAAGCCCGGGGACGGCCACCCGCAGAGCGGGCCUCAGUGCAGCCAGGCCUCGGACUCUGAGCCCCAGCACCUGUCCUUGACCACUCUGUUUGGGAAGCCUGGCGGAGCGCCCUGCCCCAGAGCCACGGAGUCCCCACAGCUGCAGACAACACCCCCGGGCCGGCAGGGGACCCCCGUGGCCAGGCUCUGCCCAGCAAUUCAGAAACUCAUGGUCGGGAGCACGGAGCUACGCCCGCUGGCCGAGCUCCGGGAAGGGCAUCCCUGUGGCGCCCACCCUGUGGGGGACCUGGCCCCCCGCCCAGUCCCCCCGGGCUCGCCCCGCCACACACACAGGACUUCCAGACCCCAGAGCCUGCUGGAGACGCUGCAGGGGGCCCCUGACCCCUCCACCCCCACUCUCCCCAGCCCCGCCGCCCAGCUUCCCCUCCCGCCCCCUCCCCGAGGCCCUCGGGAGGGGAGCCCAGCGCCCCAGCCAGGCAGCCCCGGAGCUCUGCCCCCACGGGAGCUGCUGAGAAAGCUCCAGGCCGUGCAGCAGCAGCAGGAGCUCCAGGUGGGCCCGAGGCCGGCGCUGGCCGCCAGGUUCCCAGUGGUGGCCCAGAGCUCCGGGACGGGGACACCCUGGAAGAAGCCAGCUGCUCUCAUGCAGGCCACUUCGCCCCAGCACAUCACAGCAGGAGCGGCCCACGCCCUGCUCAUGUCGCCCACCGCCUCCACCCAGGCCCCGGCCAGCGACAGAGAGGGAUGCCAGGAAGCCCCCGGCCUGCUGCUGCCCCUGCGGAUCCCCGAGCGGCCCUCACUGGGGGCCCCGGGCCCUCUCAGCAGGCCGCAGCUCCAGGAAGCACUGCUGUACCUCGUCCAGAACGACGACAGCUUCCUGAACAUGAUCUAUGAAGCCUAUCUCUUCAGCAUGGCGCAGGCCGCCUUGCGGGGACCCACGUGAGCCGCGGCAGCCGUGUCCUGAGACCCGUCCCUCCCAGGGAUGCGCCGCUGCCAUGUGUUUCCGCCGGCCGGAGCCCGGUGCUGCACAGUAAAGGGUUUGUGUGGUUGAGCUCCUGUGGUUGGCCCUGUGUGAGAACCCCUGGCACCCGCGCCGUAGCUCCAGACUCGGGGAGGCCUCCGUCCAGGCCACGCAGCAGAUGCCGAGCUCAAACACACCCACGGUGCCAGGCUAGGAAGGA